CUCCGACCGACACCCGAGGACAACGUAGCGUAGCUGGAGAAGAUCAUCAAUUGCAGCACAGGAGCAGGAGCAGGAGAGGAGUGGCCGUUGGGUGACGCACUGAAUCGAUCUCUCACAAUACUGAGCAGGAGGAGCAGCAGGAGCAGCGGCCGCAGCCAUGACAAUGGACGCCACCGCCCUGCCGUCGGAGCUGCUCGUGACCCCGCAGCCGCUGAUUGGCUUCUGCGGACUGGACACCGCCCGGUUGGCGGUGCACAAGGCCGUUUGGGAGGCCUUCAGCGGCAGUCUGCAGCGCAAGGCCGCCGAUAGGGCGGCGGUGCAGUACAAGCUCCUGCCGCCCAACUACGAGUUUCCCGUCGCGAAGCCGAAGAGGGCCUCCUACGAGUGGUACCACCCGAAGGGCAUACUCAAGCGCAACUGGAUGCUUAAGCACCUGCACGUGCUGCCCUCGGUGGUGGUGCUGUUCCAGGACAUGGAGUGGAACGACCUCCAGUGGACGGAGAAGCAGGUGCAGUGUGCGGGAAUCGUUCAGGCCCUAAAGAAUUCCCUGCAAGAGCGGAAUACCCGGCUGUGCCUGGUGCUGCUGCAGAAGGCAGCUCCUCUGCCACCGGGCGAGGAUCUCCUGGCCGCCGAGCGAGCCGCCAGUCUGACCAACGCCUGUGGCAUAACCAGCAAGAUGCUCUUCAUACUCCCGCACACGGAGCAUUUGACGGGCUACGCAUUGCGUUUGGAGUCCGCCUUCCUGGACAUGGCUCAGUCCUACUACGCCCUCAUGUCAAAAAGGAUACGCAACCAUCGGGAUCAGCUGACGGCGGCGCACACCUCGCUGAAGAUUCGCCACCAAUUCAAGCUGGGAUUCGUGGCGGAGAUGCGGCAGGACUUUAGCACGGCUCAAAAGCACUAUUUCCAGGCCUAUGCCAAUUUGGAUGAGAUACGCAUAAAUGAUGGCAAUUGCCUGGAGAUUAAAACUCUGGCCGGGUUUCUGAACUACAAGAUCUGCCGUCUGAUGUUCAAGCUCAAGACGCCGAGGGAUGCCAUCAACCAGUUCAUCAUCCAUGUGGAGAAGUACAAGUCGCGAGUGGGUUUCAAGGAUCUGGCCUUCGAGCAUCAUGCCUGGCUGAGCACGCAACACUCUGUCUUUGCUGAGCUAUUUUGCGAGGCCAUCAAGAACGGUCUGCCCGCCCUGCAGACGCAACAUCCCGGAAUCUACUACCACAAGGCAGCUGAAUAUGUGAUGAAGCGGCGGGACUCCGCGCAGGAGGCCUAUGCUGCCCUGCAAUCCGCGGCGGAAGGAACGCCAGCUCCCUCUCAGAAUUCUCUAUCUCUGUACACCGAGUUCUUUGGCAUACGAGCGGUGAAAACCGGCGAUUUGCUGGCCGAGCAGCAGGCCAACGUGCAGUUAUGUGAUCAGGAGCGCGGCUAUAAUCACUCGUCGGGGAUUAUAGCUUUGCUCAGCCAGGCGAUGGCCCAGUUCAAAAUCUACAAGUGCCUCAGGUUUCGCAAGAAGCUAGCUAUUGAUAUGGCGGAGGAGUACCUGAAGAGCGGCGAUCAUGCCAAGGCCUUGACAUUGUAUUCCCUAAUGCUGCCCGAUUAUCGCCAGGAGAAGUGGUCAACGAUAUUCACCGAUGUUCUGCUGAAAACGCUUCGCUGUGCGCUGCUCUCGGGCUCCGUGGCUGACUAUAUAUCCUGCAGUGUGGAAGCUCUGUCCCUGCGCCAUCAUGGCGAGCAGGCAGAGCGGAUUCUGCUGCUGGAGAACCUUUGGCAGGUGUUCCAAGGUGUGCCGCCCAUGCCGAAAACCCAGUUGACGCCCGAGGCGCAGGCCUUGUGGACCAGUGCGCUGACUACCGUGAAAUCGCCCAUUCAAAUUGAUUUAGAUAAGGUCAGCGAUGUGCUGGAAAUGUGCGCCACAUUCGAACGCGUUCAGCUGAACAACGACGACUUGCUGCAGCUGCAACUGAUAGUGCGUGUGCUCACGGAUGUUCCCUUGAGAGUGCGCAACUUCCAUGUCAUUCUAGCCGAUGCGGCGAAUCCGCAGAACAGCUACAAACUGGAGGCACUCAAGUAUUUCUGCUUUCCCAGCCUCACGCUGUUGCGUGGCCAAACGCAAUCGCAGGAGAAGCCCCCGCAGGAGCCCAAGAACUUUGAAAAGAACAUGAGAUUGGAGCCCGGCUCCUACUAUCAGCUAUUCUGCAGCACCGAAGCCCAGCAGUUCCACGAGAACACCCAGCUGCGCAUCGUUCGCCUGGAGGCGCACAUGGGCACCGACCAGGUGGCCGCUUUACUCACGUGCAGCUCCAACUACUCACGCCAACUGUUCCGGCACCACACGCGCAGUCGCGAUCUCGAUGACAAUGUGACGAUCAAUCCCAUUUGCUACAUUGCGCCCACCUUUCAUCUGGACACGCAAACGAACCUUGGCCAUGGCUCGGAUGAGGAAGCGACUGCCACGAGAAUGCUGGUCAACGAGUACUAUCCUGUGGUGACCACCGUCAACAAUCCGUACAAUGUCUAUCUGCAGAAUGUGGGCGUACACAUUAGUGUUCCCGUGGGCCUGAGAAAUAGCGUUUUCCUCACCACGGACAUCUCACCGGGCCGCCAGAAGCUGCAUUCCCAGAUCCAAAUAGAUGUGGGCGAACUCUCGGCUCAUGGGAGCAACACGGCCACCUUCUACAUCUUCAGCCUGGCAGAGGCGGAGAUCAAGCUGCAGCAAAGAUUGAGCUACACCCUGGAUGUGGAUCGCGGGCCAGGAGGCGGUGGCACCAAUGCCCGGGUCACCACUGCUCCAAACAGCUCGGAAUCCACACCCGAUCACGAGGUGAAGAGUGUCGUCCAGAGCCUGGCUGCGAUUUCUCCGGUGCAGAUUGAGUAUUUGGACGAGACGAGGUUGCGAAAGUCCCGCGAGGAUACGCUAACAGUGCGAUGCUACGGCGACUUUAAGUUUACCGCCCGUUUCUACACGCUGGACCGGAAGCCCCUGAACCAGGUGUAUCGUGGCGAGAACUUCCUGCUAAGAGCCAACACGGAAGUGGUGGCCGUGGACGAUGUGGAGAUACUGGACAGCUUCUUUAUAUGUGAUCACAACCUAGUGCAAUCAAACUACAGCUUUAAGCAGAAGAAAUACACCAACAAGUACAGCGCCGGCGAGCAACUGGAGAGCGUGAUAGUGCUCCGGACGAAUGCCACGCUGGGCGACUGGACGACAGCCCGGGAUCUGGAUCAUCGCGGCAAGCUGGAGGGCAAGGCGGUGGCCAGUAAGUUCAUUAGGCCCGCCGUGAAACCCUCCUCCUCGGAGGAACCUCCUGCUCCCACACCUCCCGCCGGAAUGAGUGCCUAUAUGAGCAAGAGUCUGGUGACCAAGAUCCCCACCACCAUGACCAUUAUAAACAGCAAUUCGGCCGUUUCCAAUGCCCUGCAGGUGGCCAAUGCGGGUGCGAUGAGUAGCUCCAUGCAGUCAGAUGAUGUCAAUGUGGCCGAGGAGGCAAUGAGUACGCAGGAGGCGCUGAAAACCACGCGACUCAUCUACAACAAGGCCCUGGAAGCUGUCCAGGGAACGGGUCAUUGUCGUGGCUUCAUCAAGGGCAUCUACACGCUGGAGGCAAAUCCCUCUACUGUACCCAUUUUUGGAGUAUUCUGCAUUCGCUGGCGAAGGGCAAAUGGCAAGGAGGAGAACGAAUCCAAGUUUGUGAUCAGUGGUCUGGGUAUUGCGGAGCCACCGCUAAAUAUCUACUGCACCAUCGAGGAGAAGAUGUUUGUGAAAAUGCCCAUGGCUUUUAAAGUGGUGCUGAAGAACCCCACCACGCAUGUGCUCCAUUUAAUAGCCAACCUAAGCAUCAGCAAGACGGAUAACUUUAUAUGUUCGGGUCACAAGCAGCUGGACAUCUCCAUAAUGGCCUACGAGGAGAAGGAGCUGGUCUACAACCUGUAUCCCCUGCAAGUGGGCUGGCAGGAGCUCCCAGUCCUCAGCCUGGAGUACAACACCAAGGCGGAUCCGCAGAAGAACGACAGCCAGAAUGCCUUGCUCGAUGAACUGGUGCAGCGAGCACUGCCCAAGCGAGUCUUUGUGCUGCCACCUCUGAAGCAACAGAACAAGUAGCGAUGAUGAUAUAGCGAUGAUGCCGCUUUAGUUUAAGUGUUUUAAAGUUUACAGAAAAUAUCACUAAACCGGUGUGUAAAAAUGAACUACGCCUACUCCCUCUUUAUUGCUAACAACAAACAUACAUACAUAAAUAGCUAUAUUUAGAGAGUUACAUAGCAUAAUACUUGAGAGUGCGGGUGAUGAUGAUUGUAUCGUAAUUGUAUAAUGUAUUGUUAAACGGGCCAAGUUGAUUACGGCGCUUUAGAUAAGCUGUGCUAAGUCCUGGUCAGUACCGCAAGUUGCACAUAUUUUCGUACAUCCUUUGAACGUACAGUAAUAAAUAUAAAGUAUAAAGCAUACAAAUAUAUAUCGUUGAAAGAG